UCCUCCACGUUUAGUAAUCUGACACUUUGGCCGACCCCCCUAAAGAAAAUCCCCAAGCAGGACGAUGGUCUCGUAAUAACUCGAGUUGUAUCAGUAGUCGUCCCGAGCGCAGACGAGAAGAACCGAGCCGAAGCGGAAAAACGGCGAGAGCGCAAACAACUCGUGGCGGCUAAGCGGGGGGGGGGGGGAACCCUGCCUGGCGUUUCAUAAAGAGGUGUCCUUCAGUGGCUCAGAUGACACCAGAGCAACGAGAAGAAGUUUUACUUUCCGCAAGCGGAUGGGUGACUACCGCUUCCAGCGCCGGCGCUUUGUGAGGAGGAGAUGAUGAUGAAGAAUUUCCCCAGCAGUCCCCUUAACAACAACCAGACUCAGAACCACAUCAGAGAUCGGAACAACAAAAAGUAUAGUAGCUGGCUCUCCGCUGUGCCCCUGCGAUUCUCCCUGAGAGGCUAUGGUUUCUGCAUGGCCACGCUGUUCCUCUUCUGUUUCGGGUCACUGGUCUACCAGCUGAACGGAGGACCCCCUACAAUCCUGCUGGACAUCCGACAGUAUCUAGACUCAAUGGUUGCCUGGCCGGGAAGGUCUUUGGUCAGUCAGAACGGACAGCCGCAGCAAGUUAAAAAGAAGCACCCGCCACACUGUGCGACUUCAGGUGAAUCCACGUUCCAGGAUGACCACGGACCGCCAGUAGCCAGAGUGCUGCCGUUCCCGAGUCAGGUGGUGUAUAACCGGGUGGGGAAGUGUGGCAGCCGGACGGUGCUGAUCCUGCUGCGGCUGCUGUCGGAGAAGCACCAGUUCAACCUGGUCUCCUCGGAGAUCCACAACCGGACCCGCCUCACCAAGCACGAACAGGUGGAUCUCAUAAAGAACAUCAGCAACAUGCCACAGCCGUUCCUCUACACGCGGCACGUUCACUUCCUCAACUUCACCAGGUUUCGGGUGGAGGAGCCCGUCUACAUCAACAUAAUCCGGGACCCGAUCAACCGCUUCCUGUCCAACUACUUCUUCCGGCGGUUCGGGGACUGGAGGGGGGAGCAGAACCACCUCAUCCGCACGCCGGGGAUGAAGGACGACGAGAGAUACCUGGAUAUCAAUGUGUGCAUCUUAGAAAACUACCCAGAGUGCUCCAACCCCAGGAUGUUCUACAUCAUCCCCUACUUUUGUGGUCAGCAUCCACAAUGCAGGGAGCCAGGAGUGUGGGCCUUGGAGAGGGCCAAGCAGAACGUGUUGGAGAACUACCUCCUGGUGGGGAUCCUGGAGGAGCUGGAGGACGUGCUGCUCCUGCUGGAGAGGCUUCUGCCCCACUUCUUCUCAGGGGUCCUCAACAUCUACAAGAGCCCUGACUACAAGAAGGCGGGCAACAUGACGGGCACGGUGCGCAAGCACACGCCCACGCUGGAGGCCCUGCAGGUGCUCUACCACCGCAUGCGCUACGAGUACGACUUCUACGGCUUCGUCCGCGACCAGUUCCACCUGGCCAAGAAGAAGAUCGGCCUCAAGUCGGCCUCACGCCCCUCCGCCUACUCCCACGACUUCCUGCGGGACCUAGUCCUCCGCACCCCCGAGCCCAUGGCGGAGGAGGACGACGAAGAGGAGGAGGAGGAGGAGGAGGAGGAGGCGCAGGACACCACCCUCGAGGACGCCGCCAGCUGGCUGGUGAACCCCUGAGGACGCCCGCGCCGUGGCGGACUAAGGCCCGGGGUGUGGGGGCCUGUACUGGACUAGUGGGACAGGGGCCGGAACACCAGGGUGGAGGGGGUUCUCCCCCCUUAAUGGAUCACCCUGGUGGUGGGUGGGUUGCUCAGUGUUGGUGUGUGUGUGUGUGUGUGUGUGUGUGUGUGUGUGUGUGUGUGUGUGUGUGUUUGUGUGUGUGUGUGUGGGAAAAAGACUCUCUCUAUGGCGAGGACUGGACGUGUGGAGUGAAUAGAUCGGGGUGGGGGGGAGGGGGGAUGCAGUAUCUCAUGAACUGCCGGGGGGACCAUGGAAAUGGACUUGGAAGGCUCGACGCCAUUUUGAAGUUCCUUCAAGCUCACUGAGCGAGAUUCGUUGGAUUUGAGGCAGAUGCGGUUUCUAUUAUCUCCAGGAGAGAUGAAUGCUGGAUGGGGACAAAUCUGUUGAGAAAUAUUCUAAAUUACAGGAUGAUUGCAACCAUUGCGAGAUAAGAGGGUUGGUUGAAUAUUUGCAUUUUCUUGUUUUGAUAUUGGUACUUUUUUUAAUGGUUCUCCCUCUCGACUCUUGUCUGUAAAGCUUCUAAUUUUAUGUCAUCAAAAGUGCCAUCAAACUAUUCAUCAUCCAGGACAGUUCAAGACAUAUGGAGUCAGUUUGUGAUGAAAAUCCCAAGACACAUCCUACAGUGUUUUCUGAAAACUGUCGUGACACCACCUGUGGAUGAUGGUAUUUGAUUCAGUGGGAGGCGGAACGAUAAGCACGCAUUUAUGAAUUCAGAGAAUUCCAAUUGUGUGCUGCAGUAUCAUUACACUCGACCAAACCGACAUUGUGUUUUACAUGUAUUUAAGAUAGGUCAUGGAGUAUAAGUGUGUGAAAUUUUUCCAUUUUAAGAUAGAUUUUGAGUAUUUAAGAUAGGUCACGGUGUAUAAGUGUUUGAAAUUUUUCCAUUUUUGGGGGAAUAAUUAUAGGGAUGAAUGCGAAGAAAGUGCAUGAAGCCCAAUUCAGUUCAAUCCAAAGUUUUAAAUAUCAGUAAAAGAACUUGCCAAAACUAUUGCCAACUUCUCUACAAUGCAAUGCUAUGACCCAUUUUGGGAUGUAUUUAUUAUAUCUGUGUUUAUCAUGACAUUAAUUAGCAGCUCGUCCAUUUCCCUCUUGCGUAGAAUUGCUCUUGAAAGUUCUGUUUAAAUUAAGGUACGUAUUUGUUUGUCAUAUUUUUCUGUUGGUGGGCAGAGACUGCUUGUGGGGCGGUUGGAUGGAUUUUUCAAGUUUGAGAGUAAUAAUCUACCAUCGGUCCCAUGAUAUGAAAACUAAUUGAAGCAUAUCAAAGAUUUUAAGGAAUUGUAUUUAAGUUGUUUUAUGUACAAAUGCCUUUAAAUGCCAAAAAACUAAAAAAACAGGAAAUAAAGAAAUCCUGGUGGACAAGCUGGAGACGAGAGGGGUUCAUUUUGGUUCUCACCAUCUAGUGGUCAGCGUAGCGAUGCUGAAUCCUGCUCCACUAAUGGCCACUCAACCUCCAUUCAAGCCUGAAACACUCCAUCCAAGUCAACACUCCCUUCAAGACACACUUACAGAGACUGAGGCUGGGAACAGGAAGCUACAAAUGAAGGACAUUUGAAGUCCUUGAGCACCAGCUUUUGGUCGCCAAAUAACACAGUCCCCAACUCUCCAAGUGGUUUCUAGGACGACUUUUUAAGUAGGAACAUUUUGCAUUUCAGGGACCGAUUGAGAUGGAUUCAUACGUGACAAGUUUGAGCUCAAUCCCUCCCCUGGUCCAAGAGACGUCUGGUCCAAUACCUCACUGUAACUAAGUAGGUGUAGCCCAAUAAUGUGGGCUAAAGGCUUGUCCAUUAUGCUGAGUCGUCAUUCUGAAACUGUGAACACCACCACUUUAGUGAGUGUGAAUUUAGUGUCUGAAGCAAACCGGAACAAUAAAAUACACUUUGAGUUUGAUCAGGAGAGGGGAGCACUCUGAGAUAAAUCGUUUCAGGGCCAGUAAGGUAGAUGAUUUUGAGCAGAUACAUGAGCAUACUUUGUCAAAAGAACAUUUCUGCCUUAAAUAAUCCGUAAGAAGAACAAUCUGUUAGAAGCUUAUGCCCUAUAGCAGAUUAAUCUGCAUUGACAUUCAGUUGACAUCAAUUUUAUUGUCGAUUGGGCAGAUUUCACAGCAAAGUAAAAAAUAAAUGGCUUAAACCUGAACUAUGUAACUUUUCUACAAUAGCUACCUACUCCAUUUAAUAAAUAUCCGAACUAUACAGUUUAUAAAGAUUUAAAACAGCAUAUCCCCCACCCCCAACCCUUACAACUCUAGAGGCUGCUAAAGGGCAGAAACAUAUUGCAGGAUUAAUAUCAGUUAUGUUUUUACUUUGGUUGAACUUAGUCUUAAUGAUCCGUUGUGUGUUUUCCGAUCAAAUAAAAAACAUCUAAAAAUGCCAAAUGUCUGUCAGAGACUUUGGUCGUAUGGGGAUUAAAAAUUAUUUCCUAAGGUUUCAGAAGGCUUUGUGAAUUGGGCAUACCACAGCCCUAAUUCCCAUUUCAGUUCUGACUUUAUGCAGUGUGAAAUCACUGUGGUGUGGGGAGGUGGAGGAAGAUGAGUGUGUACCCUUACACAAUAUCCAACAAUGCUCGUCCCUCCCCUAGUAUGCUCUCAUUUCUGUACGCAGUAUCUCUAGGGUCGGUCUCAUUCUUUACUUCAUUGAUCCACUUUGUUUUGGUGUGCCGUUCCACUGCUUGCUGAUUUUAUUUAAGAGUGCGUUAGAUUGAACCGCUAAGCCUCUGUUUGGGCCAUCCUAACUGUGGCCCACCUCUGCUUAACCGAAGACACGAUAAGGUCUGGCGUUAGGUCAUGGUACCCUGGGAGUAGGGAGCCGAUAUAUUAAUGAUGGACAUUUCAUCCAAUCAGACUACAGCCACAACCAAUGGCAGAUAUUGAAUGUUCAUGUAUGUUACAAUAACUAUUUUGGCAUAAUUACUUACAAAUCACAAAGUAUAAGUAAAACCUUACAUUGAUGUGUUAAGCAGCCACUUCUUGUCUAAUAAACUGCUUUGUCCCCCUCCAAAUUGGCCAAGAGGCCAUUCCAAAACUCCUUGUGCGUUUGGGAACGGCACUGUUUAUUGGUAAUUAUCAAGUAGGUACUAUCAAAUUAAAAUUAAAUGUAGCUUUUUUUGUUCAGCUUGGUGGAUCAUUUAUUCAACAUGUGCUAGUGUGCUGUUUUGUGUGUUAAUGCUUAAGCUGCAGGUGAUGUGCUUUGAUUGGUUGAUGUAGCCAUUGCAUAGGCUGACCCUGGCUGCUGAUUGGCUAUUGGCGUGGGUAGUUGCCCCCAGUUCUCCAUCUCUCUCUCAGUCCUCUUUCCUAGCGCCUGUGACCAGACCUUGUUUAGAGUGCAGUCACUUACUUUUGUUCAUCCCCUUAGUUUUGAUUUGUCAACUAUAUCUCUCCGAUCAAAACUAAGGGAAUGUAGCUAUUUUUUUCAGAAUGGUAAGGUGUUUGGAUAUCUGUGAAGUGGGUUUAUGCCUCAACCCUUUUUUGUUAGUUUUAUUGGAAACUUAUAUUUUCCAGCUCUUCUAUUGACGAACAGUAACCUAAUCAAACCCCUUAGGGAUCGCUAUUACGCUAUUGAUUGCUUUGGCUGGUGCCUCAGCUGGGGGUCAGUUGAGAAGGCCUGGGAGUCAGCUGAGAAGGGUCAGCUGAGACCCUUCCUGUUGCACCUGUUUCCCCAGUCAACUCAUUUGCCAUUGUAAGUCACAUCUGUUGCACUUUCUCCGUUUUUUAUAUGAUGAUAAUUUUGCAGUUAAGCAGAGGUUUUGAUGGUACAUUUGAAUUGCUGAACAUCUUAUCUCCUCCUCAAUUAUAAAAUGCAAAAAUUGUUAAAGUGUAAGGGUACUAUAUUUGUACUCUUAUAUUAUUUUGUAUGUUGGUCAGUGUUAGCCAGCUCAUGCAUUGAAUCUCCAACUUAGCCAACUUCUAUUUACAUUACAGCAUCAUUAUUAGAGAUCACAGUCACAAUAAGCUAUUUCUUCUACAAAAAUACAUAUCUAUGACUUUUACCUUUAUGUUUAACGUAAUCUUCCAUAUCUCAGUUUGUGUAGUUUUUAUUAUCCUGCCAAGUGUUCAGUGUUUGCUUUCUGCCAGUUUAAUUUAUUAUUUUCCUUUGCUUUCCAUAUAAGAAUCUCAGGAAGGAAGACAUGUAAUGCAUUGCCUCAAUCAUGUGUACGAUUGGUUGCUUUCAGCUUUGAUUUAACUCUUGGCAUGUACCGAUUGAAAUAUGUCCCAAAUAAAAUUGACAGAUAUCUCGAUUGAAUAAUCAAACAACUACGUUGAGGCAAAAUAAACAAAUUAAGUCUUCAAAA